CACGUGAUUUCGCGACAGCUUGGUUCUGCCUACAGAGCCUGCCCGUCACGCAUCACGUCGUUCACCCAUCAGAUCCACCAUUCGCCUCGGCCACAUCUGAAAAUCACCGAGGGCAUGCCCCGGUGCCUGUUCAGUCGCCAUCAUGAAGUUCAACAUCGAUGAUCUGCCGGUGCUCUUCCCCUACCCCAAGAUAUACCCAGAGCAAUAUGCCUACAUGUGCGAUCUCAAAAAAACCCUAGAUGCCGGGGGUCACUGUGUCUUAGAGAUGCCUUCGGGCACUGGCAAGACUGUAUCCUUGCUUUCCCUAAUUGUUGCCUAUCAGCAGUACAUGCCAGAGAAGCGCAAGCUCAUCUACUGCUCUCGUACCAUGUCAGAAAUCGAGAAGGCCUUGGUCGAGCUGAAAUCUCUUAUGAAGUAUCGGGCUGAACAACUUGGCUACGAGGAAGAGUUCCGUGGUCUUGGCUUGACCAGCAGAAAGAACUUGUGUCUUCAUCCUUCCGUAAAACGGGAGAAGAGUGGCUCAGUUGUUGAUGCUCGGUGCAGAAGUCUCACAGCUGGCUUCGUCAAGGAGAAGAAAGAUCGGGGUGAGAAUGUGGACGUUUGUGUCUACCACGACAAUCUUGACCUCCUGGAACCCCACAAUCUAAUCCCGAAUGGCGUUUGGUCCUUUGAUGACAUCCUUCGCUAUGGUGAAGAGCACAAGCAAUGUCCGUACUUCACUGCCCGACGUAUGAUGCAAUACUGCAAUGUCGUCAUUUUCUCUUACCACUACCUACUCGACCCCAAGAUUGCGGAACGAGUAUCUCGGGACUUCUCCAAAGAUUGUAUCGUCGUGUUUGACGAAGCUCACAACAUCGACAACGUCUGUAUCGAAUCCCUUAGCACUGAUAUUACCGAGGACUCAUUGCGCAAGGCGACUCGCGGCGCCCAAAAUCUCGAGAACCGGAUCGCUCAGAUGCGGGAGACUGAUCAGGAGCAGCUACAGAAUGAGUAUCAGAAACUCGUUCAGGGUCUUCGUGACGCGGAUGAGGCUCGCCAGGAAGAUGCGUUCAUGUCGAAUCCCGCUCUGCCUGAAGAUCUCCUCAAAGAGGCCGUACCGGGCAACAUCCGAAGAGCAGAACACUUUGUUGCGUUCCUGAAACGAUUUAUCGAAUAUCUCAAGACGCGGAUGAAGGUCCGUCAAGUCAUUUCAGAGACGCCGCCGUCGUUCCUGUCUCACCUAAGGGAACACACCUUCAUAGAGAAGAAACCACUGAGGUUCUGUGCCGAACGACUAACGUCGUUGGUGAGAACCCUCGAACUCACCAAUAUCGAGGACUACCAGCCACUACAGGAAGUUGCAACCUUUGCCACGCUUGUAUCAACCUAUGAGAAAGGAUUCCUUCUCAUCCUGGAGCCCUACGAGUCUGACACUGCCGAAGUGCCCAAUCCCAUUCUGCAUUUCACCUGCCUCGAUGCCGCAAUUGCCAUCCGGCCGGUGUUUGAGAGAUUCUAUUCCGUCAUCAUCACAUCCGGAACCAUCUCGCCUUUGGAAAUAUACCCCAAGAUGCUAGACUUCACGACAGUCAUCCAGGAGUCUUACGCUAUGACGCUUGCUCGGCGAUCGUUCUUGCCGAUGAUCGUCACCAGAGGAAGUGACCAGGCAUCAGUGUCAACCAGCUUCCAAGUCCGAAAUGAGCCAAGUGUGGUUCGGAACUACGGCAAUCUAUUGACAGAAUUUGCGAAAAUUACACCUGACGGCAUGGUCGUUUUCUUUCCAUCAUACCUCUACAUGGAAUCCAUCAUCAGCAUGUGGCAGGGAAUGGGAAUCUUGGAUGAAGUAUGGAAAUAUAAGCUCAUUCUAGUCGAGACGCCCGAUGCCCAGGAAACGUCACUUGCUCUAGAGACGUAUCGCACAGCAUGCUGCAACGGGCGAGGAGCCGUCCUUCUCUGCGUCGCGCGAGGAAAGGUUUCUGAGGGAAUCGAUUUUGAUCACCAGUACGGCCGGACUGUGCUCUGUAUUGGAGUGCCCUUCCAGUACACCGAGUCACGUAUCCUCAAGGCCAGACUAGAAUUCUUGCGGGAAACAUACCGCAUCAAGGAAAAUGACUUCCUCUCCUUCGACGCCAUGCGCCACGCUGCGCAGUGUCUUGGUCGAGUCCUGCGUGGCAAGGACGAUUACGGGAUCAUGGUCCUGGCCGAUCGUCGAUUCCAGAAGAAGCGGACACAACUGCCCAAGUGGAUCAAUCAAGGUCUCCUUGAAGUCGACGUGAACCUGAGCACUGAUAUGGCUGUCAGUAGCGCGAGGAGGUUCUUGAGGACUAUGGCACAACCCUUUCGAGCCAAGGACCAGGAUGGAAUCAGCACAUGGGGCCCCAGAGACCUGAAGGAGCACAAGGAAAAGAUGGAUAUGGAGCGGAUCAAGGAGCUUGAGGAGGCGGCCCAGAACCCCCAGGCCACAGCCGAGAACUACGAUUACGACGAAGAGCUAGAUCAGGAUAUGAUGGAGCUGGAGGAUGGUUUCUAGAUUUCUCGCUUUCUCGCUUUCUCAAUUUGUCACCCGGUCCCGUCUUUCCAACGAAAAUUUCUUAGAAGGGGAAAGGACAUAAUAUUGUAUAACAAAA